AUGAAUACAUUUAUUGAUGGUACGGCAAUUGCUGGAGCAGGAGCCGGAGUCAAUGAACUGAUAGCGUUGGCUGCUACCUCCGAGAUAGCACCGACCAGACAACGAGGUAAAUAUGUUGCCAUACUCAUCUUUACCAUUGCACUGUUCUGCCCAUCGGUCUUGUGGGCACAGCUUAUUUCAUCCGACGGCGGCUGGUGCUACAUUGGUGCUUUCUGCGGCGCAUGGAAUGCCUUUGGUUUGCUCAUCACCACUCUGUUCUCCCCCACCCAGGGUCAAUUCCACCGGACUGAGUAG